UCCGAAUCUCGUCUAUAUUCCUUCUCGCCGGAGACGAAAGAAAAGCUCCGCAAGUUUCGCUUGGGCACCUCGCGCGCCAAAGACCCGCAGGCUGUUAUCUAUAUAAUCGACAACAAGAGCCAGGAAAUCCGCCCCGAGGAUGGUGAAGUCUACACGAAGAUGGAAGAUCUCGCCGACGAGCUUCCCGAGACGUCGCCUCGAUUCAUCCUUCUCAGUUACCCGUUGACCUUGUCGUCCGGCCGUCUCACCGUCCCCUAUGUGAUGCUCUACUACCUCCCCGAGAACUGCAACCCCUCGCUGCGGAUGAUGUAUGCGGGUGCCGUCGAGUUGAUGCGCAACACCGCCGAGGUGAACCGUGUGAUUGAGGUGGAGAGUGAGGAGGAUAUCCUGGGGAUCGAGGCCAAACUGCAGAGUCAGAACUGA